AUGAAUUUGUGUAUUUUUAAUAUUGAAGUAAAUGGGACUAUGUGGAACGAAGAUUACUUACCAACGAGAAUAGGACAUGUUAAAGAAGCAAUAGAAAUGAUAUUAAAAACAAAUUAUUUUUCUGGAUAUUCAAUUGUGUUAUCAGAUAAUAAUUCAACAAUGGUUAUUUCACCAACAAAUCAAAGACAGCUAAUAGAUUGUAUUGAUAAAUUAAAACCAAGUUAUGAUAAACCACAUCCAUUAAGAUGUCUUCGUAAAAGUUUAUUUAUUACACAACAACGACAAUGGGAUUCAGUUCAUAUAGUUUCAUUUAUAUCUUCUGAACAAGCAUUGUCUGAUGCAGUAUUAAGAAGAAACGAAUUAUUACAACUAAAAAAUUAUCAUGUAAACUUUGUACUAUUUGGAGAUGUCUUACAAAUUACAAGUCAUACCAAAUCAUUAAUUCUUAGUCUUGUUAAACGUCAAGGAAGGAGUUGGAGAAUUACUGAAGUAAAUAGAAAUAAACAAAAUCCAUAUCAAAGAUUAUUAAUGAGGAUGUCAGAAGGAAUAGCAAUUGUUCCAAAACGUAGAACACAUCAAUUAAUACCAUCAAUUAAAACAGGUCAACUUCCAUCAGAAUUUAAAGCAAGUAAAUAUAUUUCAUGUAAAAUUAUCAAUUAUUUUACAAAUAAUUCAGUACAAAUGAUUCCUGUUCCAAUUGUAUCAAAAGAAAGAAUUAUUUCAAUUAUUAGAUGUGGAAAAUGUACUAUUGAAAAAGAAAGAUGUGUACCAACAUCAAUGAUUGGUAAAAUGUUUUUGAUUGAAUAUUCACCAAUAUUAUUUAAAUUAGUAUUUAGAGCUGAUCUAAUUGUUGAAUAUAUUACUAUUUUUAAUGGAGAAAUUAAUUAUUCUAUUAUUGAAAAAAAUGGAAGAGAAUUCCUUCUUUUUGAAGGGUAUUGUGGAAAUGAGAAAUUUAGAAAGAAUGUUUAUUGGACAAUUGAUCCUGCUCAACCAUUUAUAGAUAAAUUAGUUGAGUGUAUUGAACAAGAAGUACCUUCAACUUAUAUGAAAAUUAUGGAAACUAUUUGGACUGACCACAAGAAAGUAUUAAGUAAGAUGGAAGAGAAGUAUAUGAGUAUGAAGAAAGAAAAAGAAAUUGCUAAUAAAGUUCCUGAAGGAACAAAAAAUGAUACAAAACGUGAAAGUGAUCUCAUAGUUAGGAAUGAAGCUGAAAAAAAAUCUGAAGAUAGUUAUUAA